AUGAUUACACUCUUCAAAAACAUCAAACAGCUUACCGGAAUACAAACUGAUUCUACUAAACUAAAAUUAGCAGGAAAAGAAAUGUCCACGUUAACUUCCAUUGAGAAUGCCUUUUUAUUGGUUGAAAAUGACCUCAUAAAAGACUUUGGAGAAAUGACUAAUCUCCCCACUGUUUCAGUGGAUCAGACAGUUGAUCUCUCUGGAAAAAUAGUGUUACCAGCUUGGUGUGAUUCUCACACUCAUUUAGUAUUUGCCGGGACUCGUGAAACUGAAUUUGUAGACAGAAUCAAUGGGUUGACGUACGAAGAAAUAGCUGCUAGAGGUGGAGGAAUUCUUAAUUCAGCCAAGAGACUUCAGAAUGCUACUGAAGAGGAAUUGUUUCAAUCAGCAUGGGCUAGGUUAGAUGAGAUAAAAAGUAUGGGAACUGGAGCUGUGGAAAUCAAGAGUGGAUAUGGUUUGUCUUUGGAAGCAGAGCUCAAAAUCUUAAGAGUAAUUAAACGAUUAAAAGCUGAAUCUGAAUUAACCAUCAAAGCGACAUUUUUAGGUGCUCAUGCAGUACCUCCAGAAUUUAAAGGAAAUAAAAAAGGAUAUUUAGAUAUGCUCAUUAACGAGGUACUGCCUAUAGUUCAUGAAGAAAAUCUAGCUGAUUACAUCGAUAUCUUUUGUGAAACUAACUAUUUCACUGUGGAUGACGCUGAGAGAAUUAUGGAAGCAGGGGCUAAAUACGGCCUAACACCUAAAAUUCACGUCAAUCAAUUUACAAGCAUCGGAGGAAUUCAGGUGGGCAUCAAACAUAAAGCUCUCUCACUGGAUCAUUUAGAAGUAAUGACCCAACAAGAUAUUGCAGAUUUACAGGAAUCAGAGACCAUGCCUACCGCUUUACCUUCUUGUUCUUUUUUCUUAAAAAUCCCUUUUGCUCCCGUUCGGAAAAUGAUUGAUCAAGGACUAGCUAUUGCCCUUGCCACUGACUAUAAUCCAGGCUCUACUCCUUCAGGAAAAAUUCCUUUUGUCAUUUCUCUAGCUUGUAUUUACCAACGAUUAACCCCUGAAGAAGCAAUAAAUGCAGUUACUCUUAAUUCUGCUUAUGCUAUGGGUAUAAGUGAUACACAUGGAUCCAUUACCGUAGGUAAAAAAGCUAAUUUGAUUAUUACUAAAGAGAUUUCUAGCUAUAAUUUUAUUCCCUACUCUUUUGGAGGCAAUCACAUUGAACAAGUAAUAUUAAAUGGGGGUAGUAGAUCAAUUAAUCCCUAA